GCCAUCGGAACAGAGAGAGUAUUAACCAAGCAAUAAUGAAGAGUGCGACAGGCAAUUGGAUGACAAUCCAACAGGCAACUAGAGUGAGCACUAUAGUUUCAAUGGUGCCUGACGAAAUUAUAUAUAAACAUUCGGAUUACACCGUGAGGAGUUACGACACAGCACUUAUGUUUAUUGACAUUUCUGGUUUUACGGACCUAUGCGAGAAUUAUACAAAACCUGGCCGCGGUGGUCCAUCUCGGCUUACACAAGUCCUCAACUCGUACAUCGGUGCUAUGGUCCAAGAAAUAUUGAUGCACAAUGGCGAUGUUUUGAAAUUUUCGGGCGAUGCCUUCUUGUCUAUGUGGAAGAAAACCCCUAGACUAAGUAUGCAAGACGUAGUGCACACUGCGAUCGAUUGUGCUCUUAUUAUUCAGAAAAAUUACGGCACGUAUAUGACUGAUGUGGGCGUAGUGUUAAAGGUAAAAGUAGCAAUCUCAGCCGGUCGCUCUCACUUCUCAAUAAUUGGCGGAGGUAAUGAUUCGUCGCAUUAUGUUAUUGUCGGCCAACCUGUGUGGGAUGUCAAAAUGGCUGAAUACAUGAGUACAGCCGGCGAUGUGCUGACCUCAGCCAGCGCUUGGAUUUAUGUGAAUGAGGCUGAGUACUGCACACAGCCUUGUGGCGAUGGAAGGCAUACUAAGGUUUUGGGUGUGGGCGUCAAUUGGAAAAGAGUUGAAAAAUUUCACGGAUCGCUAGCUUCGCAAAGGGCUCCAGAAUCACCAAUAUAUGCAAAUUUACCGAGUUUCGGCAAUAAAGGUUUCACCGAAAUAAAUUAUAGAGAAUAUUCAUUACGACCAGCAGUAUUGUCGGCCAUGGACAGCUCAUGGUGGCCUUCGCUACGGCCAUUCAUGGUGACGCCAGUACUACGGGCGGUAGAUAACGAUGAGCCGAUGGACUUCCUCACGGAGGUCCGUCGUGUGGUGGUCGUGUUCCUCAACAUCGUCACAAAAACCGUCACCGAAGAUGUGCUUAUUAGUAUUGUCGACACCGCGUACAAGUGUGUCUGCAGCGUGACGUCGGAAUUAGAUGGCCUAGUAAACAAAGUGUCGAUGUUUGACAAAGAUAUGAUGUUUUUGGUGGUAUUUGGCUUGCGUGGACUGAAACAUGAGGACGAGGCCCAAAAUGCCCUCUUGUUCGCUCACCAACUCAGAGAGAAGUUGGAUGAUCCUAAUAUUAUAAACAUUUCUAUUGGUGUUACAUCAGGUACGACUUAUUGCGGAGUUGUUGGUCAUGUUCUACGUAGAGAAUAUACUGUUAUUGGUACAGCAGUUAAUAAGGUGGAUGUAAAGACUGUUACAUGUAAAUCGUGUAGAGAGGCUAUAGCAAAUGGCGCGGCACUCACUCGUGAUAUAUUUAGAUAA